GGAACAAGGGCUUCUGGGAAUUGUGGCCAGUGGCCAGUGCGCACGACCUGGUUAGUGCUGCGGUUGCAACUGUCCUACACCCUGGAUCCCGGCCUUGAAAGCUGAGACUCACUCCUCCGGGAGAGGAGAGAGGAAGUAGCUACAAGACCCCAAGUCUGACAGGGAACGGUGUAGGGCCAUAGCCAGCCACAUGAGAUUUGGGUAGAUCUGUUAUGAGGAGUUUCUGUUGACUACUGUGAGGUCAUUUCACACAGCACCCUGUGGUGAUUGUGGCAUAACGUUAAACUGGGUUUGAAUUUGAAAGACUGGUAAGGUAAGACUGGAGACUUCAUUGGAGUCAUGGUGUUCACCAAUUACAGCACUCUCAACCGGGCUCAACUAACCUUUGAGUAUCUACACACAAAUUCAACUACUCAUGAAUUUUUGUUUGGUGCUCUCGCCGAACUGGUUGAUAAUGCGAGAGAUGCUGAUGCCACCCGGAUGGAUAUUUAUGCUGAAAGGCGAGAGGACCUUCAAGGAGGAUUCAUGCUUUGUUUUCUGGAUAAUGGAGUAGGAAUGGAUCCAAACGAUGCCAUCAGUGUGAUCCAAUUUGGGAAAUCAGCCAAACGAACACCAGAGUCCAUGCAGAUUGGGCGGUACGGGAAUGGGCUAAAAUCAGGCUCAAUGCGUAUUGGGAAGGAUUUUAUCCUCUUCACUAAGAAAGAAGACACCAUGAGCUGCCUCUUCCUGUCUCGAACCUUUCAUGAGGAAGAAGGCAUUGAUGAAGUGAUAGUCCCUUUGCCUACUUGGAAUACUCAGACAAGAGAACCUGUCACAGACAACAUGGAGAAGUUUGCCAUCGAGACAGAACUCAUCUACAAGUAUUCUCCCUUCCACACUGAAGAAGAAGUGAUGAGCCAGUUUACAAAGAUUUCUGGGACUAGUGGAACCCUGGUGAUCAUUUUCAAUCUCAAACUCAUGGACAAUGGAGAACCCGAACUGGACAUAACCUCAAAUCCAAAAGAUAUCCAGAUGGCAGAGAUCUCCCAAGAAGGCAUGAAGCCAGAGCGGCACUCCUUCUGUGCUUAUGCUGCUGUGCUAUAUAUUGAUCCUCGGAUGAAGAUUUUUAUUCAUGGGCACAAGGUGCAGACCAAAAAGCUCUCCUGCUGCCUGUAUAAGCCCAGGAAGUACACAUUCAUGUCAAGCCGUUUUAAGACCAGGGCAGAAGAAGAGGUGAAGAAGGCAGACCAGGUAGUAUGGCUCGCUGAAGAGAAGGCACGGGAAGCAGAGAGCAAAGCCCGUGCAUUAGAAAUACACAUAGGUGGAGACAUCACCAGGGACUCCAGGGUGAUGUUGCGUCAGGUCCAGAAUAUAGCCAUCACUCUCCGAAGAGAAGCUGAUGUCAAGAAAAGGAUCAGAGACGCUAAGCAGCAAGCACUCAAAGAGCCUAAGGAACUGAGUUUUGUUUUUGGUGUCAACAUUGAACACCGUGACCGUGAUGGCAUGUUUAUCUACAACUGCAGCCGCCUGAUCAAGAUGUAUGAGAAAGUGGGCCCACAGCUGGAAAAGGGUAUGGUAUGUGGUGGGGUUGUUGGAGUCAUUGAUGUGCCCUACUUGGUCCUGGAACCUACACACAACAAGCAAGACUUUACUGAUGCCAUAGAGUACCGCCACCUUCUGCGGGCAAUGGGGGAGCACCUGGCACAGUACUGGAAGGAUAUAGCCAUUGCCCAGCAUGGGAUUAUUAAGUUCUGGGAUGAGUUUGGCUACCUUUCAGCUAACUGGAACAAAUCCCCAUCUGAUGAGCCGCAUUUCAAACGCAAGAGGGCUAUGCAAGUCCCAACCACUAUACAGUGUGAUUUGUGUCUAAAGUGGAGAACCCUCCCCUUCCAGUUAAGUGCUAUAGAAGGUUACCCAGACAACUGGGUUUGUUCCAUGAACCCCGAUCCUGAACAAGACCAGUGUGAGGCUUUUGAACUGAAGCAGAAGAUUCCUCUGGGAGUAUUUAAAAAGGUCCCAAAGACACAAGAAGAAAAGCAGAAGCAGCUGACAGAGAAAAUUCGCCAACAGCAGAAGAAGCUUAAGGCCCUUAAGAAAGUCAAGCCUAUCCGUUCGCAAAGUGACCUAAAAAAAUUACCCUUGGAAGUGACUGCCAGACCUUUCUCCAAAUAUCCUGGCCAUAGAUUUCAGGGUCCUCAGCCAUCUUUCCGUGCAGUGAAAAAGAAUGCCCGAAGAAGACCCCAGUCCAUGCAUGCUCCUAGACCAUUCAGACAGCUCCAAAAGUCUUCUAUCAUCUGCACCAAUCCAAAAUCUCCUGCUCUGGCAGCUCAAACAGAGGUUGUGCAGCUCGAGUCACCUGAGAUACCCCAAAAGCCAAUGAGCCCCCUGGUCAAAAUUAUACCCCAACCCACACCUCUGGUACCAUCCCUGUCACCAUCUGUAGUCCCCAACUCCAACAGCCUUGGGAAGGUUAAAACCCCCAAAGCCAUGAACACUCCAGUGGCCGAAAUACCAGGUCUGCCUGUUAAUCCCUCACUGGCAAAGUGUGAUCGUAAGCGGAGUCUUGAGGUCUCUGAUGAAGUAGAAGAUAAAGAUAGGAGGAAGGGGUGCAAACGGGGCAUGUUUACUAUGAAGGAAGAAAAUAUUCAAACAAAUGAGCUCUCAGACAAUGCUGAGGAAGAGAAUCCAGCUGACCUCAAGAUGGCUCAGAAAGAUAAAGGGCUGUAUGUGGAGGUACAAGUGAAAGGAGAGUGCUACAAGGGCCAUGUCACAGCUGUGGAGGUGGGUGAUAAUGUGGUAUGGUGGAAGGUCAAGUUUGAGGAUGUGCCUAAAGAUAGCACACCAAGAGACUGCUGGGUGGAAAAGGGCAGUGAAAAUGUAUGGCUGAUGAAGCCCUCUCCUGAGUACCAGAGCACUGAUGAACAGCAAGAGGCUAUAAUGGGGGAGGAGAACACUGUGACCCAGCAGGCCUUGGCACUGCAGGAGGCCUCCAUCUCUGACUGCUUCUGCACUGAACCCGACACUACUGCCCCAACGGCCAACCACAAGACCAUUGACCUCUUGGUCCAAAUUCUCUGGAAUUGCCUACGUUAUUUCAUGCCUCUGAGCUUUCCCAUAUCCAAGAAGGAGCUAGGUGCUAUGAAUUCAGAAGAACUGUUGUCUCUUCCUCUGAAAGAGUGCUUCAAGCAAUAUGAAAUCGGACUUCAGAAUCUCUGCCAUUCCUACCAAAGCUGCGCUGACUCACAAGCCAAGGCCUCUGAGGAAAGCCUGCGCAUCUCCCAGAAAAAACUCCAGGAAACAGAGUAUAAACUCCAGAAGCUGAGGACCAAUAUCCGGGCACUCCUGCAAAAGGCUCAAGAAGACAUAAACAUCAGUGCAGAUGAUGAGCUAGAUGCCUACAUUGAGAAUCUCGUCAGCAGCGAUGACUGAAGGACAUCAAAGCAGAGCAGCUCCCCUCCUCAGCACUUCCACAGCCUCUGUGGAGGGAAGUUCCAUUCAUGUAUUUUGGGAGGGAAAGACACUCUGAUUCUUUGAAUCUCCCUCCCUGAAUUUAUAAAUAUUUUAAAAGAU